AGUAUGCGCAUGCGUACUCAGAGAAAGUGAUUCCUAUUUCCUCAUUUUAAUAGACUUUUGUCAUCUCCUUUUUUCACUGAUUGUUCGCAGAUAAUCCAUCCGAUCGGUGACCAUAUGUUGUAUUAAUGUGUCUAUAGUAUUGAAGACCAUUUAUAACCAUGGCUGACACGGGAGAACUGGAUGAUCAUGAAAAUACAGAGGGUCAAAAUGAGCCACCCAGCAGUCACAGUGGCACAGGCACUGGCAGUGCAACAUCAAGUCCUUCUGCUGUAGGACAAACUAAGGCAAAAAUUGACGUCUUACUGAAAGCUACUGGAGAUGCUCCGAUUAUGAAAAAGAAGAAAUGGGCUGUUGACCCUACGAAAAAAGUUUGUUGGAUUAUCGAGUUUAUAAAAAAAUAUAUCAAGUGUGAGGCACCUGAUUCAGUGUUCCUUUAUGUGAACCAGUCAUUUUGUCCUUCACCAGACACAGAGAUUGGAGCUGUUUAUGAUUGUUUUGGAAGUGAUGGGAAGUUGAUAUUACAUUACUGUAAAACACAAGCCUGGGGAUAGCGCAAGAUAGAACAUUUGGACUUUUGAGAUGAUGAGUGCGUUUUCGCUUUGCUCCUGGUGGCAGAAACAUUCCAUCAUCUUUCAGUUUUCUUGUAUCUUAGUCAUGCACUGCCAGGAUGAUUUUUUUGGACAUAAAACCGAAAAAUUACAGUUUGCUCUACAUGGAGCAACUUUUAAGCCAAGAAACUUGGACCUGGAGCUCGAAACAUUAAGUCACACUAUGCCUCCUUCAUGACCCUGAAAGAUCAUUGGGCUUAUAUUGUUAGCUGUGAUCAACCUUUUGCACUGUAAUAUACAUCGUACUCUGUGAAAGAUUUAUUUAUUGCCUGUACAAAUAAAAUUACUAAAUCACUGA